GCCACUGUCGCCCUAAAGGCCAAAGGACGACUAAUAUAACGUAUCAGAGGGUCUCCAAGCGUAAAUAAAAGGUCAAUACUUGAUGAAGACGCAUCGAGGAUGAAUCACGGGACUAAAUAUCGCGAUAUAUCACAAUAUCGAUAUUUUGGCACACCCCUAACUCAGACCCACUCGGACCAAUCACUGCUACCUGACAACGUCUGGGUCUAACAUGAUGGUGUCUGGAAAAGUCUUCCUUCUUUUAUUUUUCUUCGGCACCAGUGAAGCUACAAAGUAGCUGUCAGCUCACGUCUGCCCCCUGCUAGCAAGGAUUGCGCCACUGGCAUCAUUUUCUGCGCGCUUAAAGAAGCGCUUGGACUGCACGUCUCUGAUUAAAUUGAGUCCUCCAGUCAGACGUGAGGCGAAGCGCUCCGGAGCCUCACCCGGAGUUUCCGCUCCCUAUGUGAUCACGCAACACACAAAUUUGGCCAUUUUAACUUCAGAAACUGUGGAAAACGUGUCGAGUCAAAUGAAAAUAUAUCUUUAACACGGAUCAGUGAACAAUAAUAUUUACUCUGUAUGUCUCUUUAUUGCACAUGGUAUACUACAUUGGUUCUACUGUUGUAAGCUUGCAUUCUGUUCAAGUUUUUUUUUUAAGCAGAAAAUGCCUCACCCUGCACAAGCUCUGAUGACAUCACGCCAUGUGAUGAUAUGUGAUGUCAUCAGAUGACAUGACAAAUCAACAGGUGAUGUCAUGUCAUCAGGUGAUGUCACAUGUCUUCAGGUGAUGUCACAUGAUAUCAUUUGAUGUCACAUGUCAUCAGGUGAUGUCACAUUGUCGCAUCUUAAAACUAAUAAAUACAGCUGCCUUCCUCUCCAUCUGCCAUCUCAAGAUUUCAAGUUUGCUUCCUUAAAGAUUAGAUACGAAAAAAAAUCUCAUCAAAAAUGACCAACAAAGUGUGCAAGCUUUUCAUUGGUGGACUCUCUGUGAACACGAACGACGAUGGGCUGCGCAAGCAUUUUGAGCAGUUCGGCACCCUCACUGACUUCGUUGUCCUUCAAAACAAGAAUGCACAACGAUCUCGCUGUUUUGGCUUUGUGACCUACUCUACACCAGAGGAGACCAACGCAGCCAUGGCAGCAGCCCCGCACACAGUGGAAGGGAACAGUGUUGAAGUUAAACGAGCUAUUCCAAAAGCAAAGGACAAUAAGUCUGAAGCUUUUGCCAAGGGGGAGAAAAUCUUUGUUGGUGGCUUGAAAAACAACAUUAAAGAGUAUCACCUCACCGACUACUUCUCUCGGUACGGUCCAGUCGAAAAGUCUGAAAUCCUCUUAGAGAAGGAGACCGGAAAGAAAAGAGGAUUCGGCUUUGUGCACUUCACGCAUCUCAAAACGGCAGACUUGGCCUUGGUUGAGAAGUACCACACAGUGAAUGGACACUUAGUUGAAGUAAAGAAAGCUGUUGCCAAGCAAGAGAUGCAGGCAGGUAACAGAACUGAAACAACACCAAGACACAAGCCAGGCCCAGGAAUGAUGGAAAACCAAAAUGGCUACGGCAGCUUCGGCUUUGUGACCUACUCUACACCAGAGGAGACCAACGCAGCCAUGGCAGCAGCGCCGCACACAGUCCAAAGGAACAGUGUCAAAGUCAAAGGAGCUGUUCCAAAAGCAAAGGCCAAUGGUUCUGCAGCUCCUGCCAAGGGGGAGAAAAUCUUUGUUGGUGGUUUGAAAAACAACAUUGAAGAGUAUCACCUCACUGACUACUUCUCUCGGUACGGUCCAGUCGAAAAGUCUGAAAUCCUCUUAGAGAAGGAGACCGGAAAGAAAAGAGGAUUCGGCUUUGUGCACUUCACGCAUCACAAAACGGCAGACUUGGCCUUGGUUGAAAAGUACCACACAGUGAAUGGACACUUAGUUGAAAUCAAGAAAGCUGUUGCCAAGCAAGAGAUGCAGACAGCAAACAGAACUGAAACAACACCAAGACACAGGCCAGGGCCAGGAAUUACGGAAAACCAAAAUGGCUACGGCGGCUUCGGUUUUGUGACCUACUCUACACCAGAGGAGACCAACGCAGCCAUGGCAGCAUCGCCGCACACAGUCCAAAGGAACAGUGUCAAAGUUAAAGUAGCUGUUCCUAAAGGAAAGGCCAAUGGGUCUGCAGCUCCUGCCAAGGGGGAGAAAAUCUUUGUUGGUGGCUUGAAAAACAACAUUGAAGAGUUUCACCUCACCAACUACUUCUCUCGGUACGGUCAAGUCGAAAAGUCUGAAAUCCUCUUAGAGAAGGAGACCGGAAAGAAAAGAGGAUUCGGCUUUGUGCACUUCACGCAUCACAAAACGGCAGACUUGGCCUUGGUUGAAAAGUACCACACAGUGAAUGGACACUUAGUUGAAGUGAAGAAAGCUGUUGCCAAGCAAGAGAUGCAGGCAGGUAACAGAACUGAAACAACACCAAGACACAGGCCAGGCCAAUGCAUGAUGGAAAACCAAACUGGCUAUGGCGGCUUGGCUUAUGGGGAGUGUUGCUGCCCUUGCCACCUCUCCUACUCAGAAAAUGGUAACAGAGGCUAUUCCUACUCACAAAAUCGUUACAGAGGCAGCGGCUAUUCCUACCAGGAAAAUGAGUAAAAGAAGAUUUAGACAUAGAGGAACCCCCCUUUUAGGAAUCCACACUUGUAGUGUGUGGAAAUAGUGUAGAGUGGGGAUUUAUGUUGUAUGUGCAUUUAUUUUAUUUUAUUUAUUUUUUUAGAAAAUGUUAUGCAUUAUAUUGUCAGUAGGACAUGCAAAAAAGAAGAUUAAACAUACAGGAACUCCCUUUAGGAAUCCACACUAGUAGUGUGUGGAUAAAGUGUAGACUUGGGAUUUAUAUUGAAUCUUCUUUUCUUUUUUUUUUUUACUUUUAUGCCUGAAUUUGUAUUUGUGAACAAAAUGUUUUUUCAAUGCAAAUCAAUGUAUUGAUUAUUUAAAAUAAAUUGUUAAAUUUUGUAUUUUUACCUGUCAACCACUUAACAAAAGAGGACAAGAACAAUUUACCAUGUAUACAAUCAAAAAACAAAUGUUCUAGAGCUUCAACCUCAUUUUCACAGAAAACAAAAAAAACACAAUGUGUUUAUCACAAGAGGCACAGAAACAAAAUGAAAGCAAAAACCAAGGGCAAAAAACCCAAACCAUGACACAGAAAUUGUUCUUGUGUUCCUUUGUGCAUUAGUGGGUUCUCUCCGGGUGCUCCGGCUUUCCCUAGAUUCUAAAAAAGACUUUUUAUUUAAAAGUGAAUUAGAGGCUAAGAGCACUACCUGCCCUCGUCCUCACCUCUACGCACCACCCACCCUCGCUGUCCACAUCUACGCCCUUCUCUUAAUGUAAGGCUGUCUGAGCUGCAUGUGGCUAAAAGUGUUAGCAUUUCUAUCAGCAUCAUUUACUGUUUCAAAAAAAGGUUUGCUCAAAGAUGCAGACAUUUUUCCAACUGUGAAAACAAUACGGUCCUUGCAG